UGACCUAGGGAGUUGAAGCCAAUAGGCGGGCGAACAGUAAGACGCGUCACUUUGUUUUGGCGCGGAAAAGAAGCGUGGAGCUGUUAGGAUACCCGGAAGUAGAAAGGGUGUAUUAAGGAAAGUAGUAAAUUCACCUUAUACAGGAACAUGCUGUUUUUAUGUAGGAUAAAGAAUGGCCAGCCUAGUGUUUUCCUUAUUGUUAAAAAUAUGUGCAAAGUUUACCAUUCCCGGAAGUCUUCUGUUUCUGGUCCUCAGACAACACCAGUGAAAAAGCCGAAACCUAGCGAGGAUGAAGACGGCCCGAAGAUUGUGUCCCCUCCUCUCAGCCCCGAACAGUUGGACCGUAUUAAGAAGAAUAAGGAAGCUGCGCUGCAGAAACUUGCAGCCCGCCUUGUGCCGGAGGGAGUGGGAGAGAGCUGGAAGCAGGAACUGCUUGCCGAGUUUACAAAACCUUACUUUGUAAAGCUGAAUGCAUUUGUUACAGAAGAGAGAAAGCGGUACACUGUAUAUCCUCCACCACAUCAGGUGUUUACCUGGACGCAGAUGUGUGAUAUCAGAGAUGUGAAGGUGGUUAUUUUGGGUCAGGAUCCAUAUCAUGGACCCAACCAGGCUCAUGGACUGUGCUUCAGUGUUCAGAAACCUGUCCCACCUCCACCCAGCUUGGAGAAUAUGUAUAAGGAGUUGACAACUGAUAUUGUGGGCUUUGUACACCCAGGGCAUGGUGACCUAACAGGCUGGGCCAAGCAAGGGGUCUUGCUUCUGAAUGCGGUUCUGACAGUCCGGGCUCAUAAUGCAAAUUCCCACAAGGACCGUGGCUGGGAGCAGUUCACUGACUCUGUGGUGUCAUGGCUGAACAAGAACCUGGAUGGAUUGGUCUUCAUGCUUUGGGGAGCUUAUGCACAGAAGAAAGGCUGCAAUAUAGACAGAAAACGACACCACGUUCUUCAGACUGUUCACCCUUCCCCUCUAUCGGCACACAGAGGGUUUUUUGGCUGUCAUCAUUUCUCUAAAACAAAUGCAUUUCUGAAAGACUUGGGGAAAGAACCUAUUGACUGGAAAGCUCUGUGAAAACCAUGAAGUCUCAUAAAGUUUUAACGGGACUGGGGUGAUAUCUGCCAGAAUCAUUCAAGACUGCAUUACUGGGACUACUGGCAAAAGAGUUCACGAUAUGGAGAAGUGUUCGUGUUCCAGGGCAACGUCA